AGUGUGCGUGCGGGUGGCGGCGACAGUUCCUUACCGACCGGCCUGCCGUCAGGAGCGAGUGGUGUGGGGAAGAGAGAGAGAGAGAGAGAGAGAGAGAGAGAGAGAGAGAGAGAGAGAGAGAGAGAGAGAGAGAGAGAGAGAGAGAGAGAGAGAGAGAGGUGGGGCGAGUGACCUCAUGAAGAGAGGGAUAGAGUAACCAGUGACUGCAGAAAGUGAGGGGCAGAGUGGCGAGAGUAGUGAAAAGCGUUUGGAAGAGCGGUGGAGUAGGUAGAGUGAUGGCAGAGGAGAGAGUGUUACGAAGGAGCUAGAGUGGCAAGGAACAGAAGGCAGAGACAUGGAGGCCCCCAGUCGCUGGCUGGUCCCUCGCUGUGGACGCCGGUCGGCCCGCUGCCCGGUGCGCCGACCGAGCUCCCUGCUGCUGGCCGGCACCGUCUUCUACUGCUGCCUGGUGGUGCUGCUGCUCUCACUGAUGGACGUGCCGCCGCCGGAGACUGCACCCACCGGCCACCGGCUGAGACUGAGGCGACUGGCCACCCAGAGGCCAGAGGAGGAGGUCUGCCACUGGCCCAAACGGAAAGCAGACGUCGACAUCGACCUGCAGUCCGUGCUGACUAUGCUCAACUUGUCGCGCUCGUCGACCGAAGACCGUUCGUCAUUUUGGAACGAUGAUUUGGAAAGAAGAUAUCGCAAAAUAUCCAAAAAUUCUUCAUUUCCGUUAAAGAUUCUGGUGGUGCCCCUCAGCCGCCCUCCCGACCAGUGCCGGCGUCUGACGCUGGUCUCGUGUCACCUCCGGCACACCCACCGCGUGCUCGACACGCUGGUGCAGAUGAUGCCGCAGAUGCCGCAGAUGCGCUUCACCUGGUCUGACAUCAGCCUGCUGCAGCUCUGGUGGGAGGGUGCCUCGAAGGCGCGUCGCGGCACUCUUCGUCAGUUGGCUGCCUCCGGCCGACUGGAGAUUGCCAACGGCGGAUGGGUGAUGGCGGACGGGGCUGUCACCCGACUCUACCCGCUGCUGGACCAGCUCACUGAAGGUCACCGGUGGGUUCACCACCAUUUGAACGUGACGGUGUCCUCCGGGUGGUCGCUGACCUCUGCUGGUCACAGCUCCACUUUGUCGUACCUGCUGCGCGCGGCCGGCCUGAACGGCGCCAGUAUACUGAAAACGUCACUCAGGUGGAAGGAGUAUUUUGCGUCGCAUCAGCAGGGCGACUUUCUGUGGCGGCAGGAGUGGGACAUCACCAACUCUGACUCUCUACUCACGCACAUUCAGCCGCAGUUCACGGAUUAUCUGGCCGACAGCUGCAGAACAUUUGGAAUUGCGUCCAAAGCAUGCGAAGAGCUAGACUUUUCUCAGAACUCUCCUGUUUCUGACGUGUUCAAUUCAUCUCAUUGCCUAACAAACUCCAAAUUAAAGAGGCUGACCGAACGACUGGUGGACCUAGGCGGAAGGAUUGGUUCACUGUCCCGCCACAACGUGGCGCUGCUGACGCUCGGAGGCGACAUGCGGUUCGAAAAGGAGUCCUCGUGGCGGUCCGAGUACCGAGCUUUCAGGCAGCUGUCGGCGUGUCUGGCCAGCCGGCCGGAGCUGCGGGCUGAGCUGCGCCUGGCCACGCCAGCCGACUAUUUCAGCGAGGUGCGCCGGUGGAGCUCGGCCGAUGGUGGCGCCGGCCGACUACCCUCACUGAGUGGCGAGCUGCACGAGCCAGGGGCGCCCGGCCGCUACAGCCGCCUGCCGGAGUGGCUGCGCGCCGCCCGACAGCUGGAGGCGCACCUGCACGCCGCUGAGCUGAUGUUCGUGUGGUCCUGGAGCCGACACCGCGAGCCACGCACUCUCUCUGUGUUCCAGCACGCCUACAAGCGACUGACGAUGAAUCGACAGGACGUGGGGCUGUUCAGCGACCACCACAUAGCCUCGGGCGCUGUGGCACCCUACGUCAUGGCCGACUACGGCGAACGGCUCAACAUCAGCCAACAGGAUCUGACCCACGUACAGCUCACAGCGGCUGCUGAGCUGCUGUCGGACCUCGAGUUCUACAAUCAACUGACGGAGCUGUUCGCGCAGCACUCGCCGCCACAGCUGGACCGCCUCGGCGAGCCUCCGCAGCCUGUCGAGUUCACGGUACUGGCCGGCCAAAGACGUCGGCUGCUCAUCUUUAACCCGGUGGCACAGCAGCGUACAGCGCUGGUAUCGCUACUGGUCCGACGACCGGGUAUCACUGUCACUGACGACGCGGGCCGGUCGCUGCCGCUACAGGUGACCGCCGGCGGCGACUCGACCGUGCGCGUCCAGUUCCUGGCGCGACUCGAGCCGGUGGCGCUACACCUGUUUCUUGUACAACGGCCGGCGGUGCCACCGUCCAUCUCUCCCGUUCUGUCUGAAGCUGAGCUUAACGAAACGUUCGUCAUCGACAGCGCACGCUUCCAGUUGACGUUCGACAAGUCUGCUGGCUUGGUGACCGUGCUCGAUCGUCGCACCGGUCAGCGGCAGCCGAUGGGACUCGGGGUAGGUGCGCUGGCCGACGCCGAUCGACGCGCUACGCUGCUUCAGCCGCUGCGGUGUUCUCGGAAUAGUUGGACGGUUCAGAGUGGAGUAGUGCUCUCGGAGGCGAGAGUGACCUGUGGCAGGGUGCGACUCGCGGUCCGUCUGUACCACUCGAACUGUACGCUCGGCCAGGCCGUCCAUAUCGAGGUGGAAACGAGACCACCCAGCGAAGCUGAGCCGCGCGAUGUGGCACUCGUUCUCCGUACUGACCUUCAGUCUUGCGAGCCACGAGGCUGCGGAUUCUACGCUGACGCCAACGACUAUCGGAUGGUGUGGCGCCCACACUUGCCGGCCACCGACGCCGCGGCCCAGUUCUACCCGGUGACGACUCAAGUCAGUCUGGAAGACUCUCAUCGACGUGUAUCUCUGCUCAUGGACCACUCGCGGGGAGUCGCCAGCUUCAAGGAGGGCUCUUUGACUGCCGUUCUGGACGCUGACAGCGGUGUUGAGAUUGCUGACGGCGGAGGAUCGUCACUCGGUGACCACGAGCGGCGCCCGGUGUUGGCAUCAUUCGCCCUCACGUUCGAGUACCUCCCGGAGACUGAGUCGGACGCCGAGCCGGUGUCGGAGCGGCUGUUCGCUCCAGGGGCGCUCAGCUCGUCCCUGGCGCGACUGCUCAGCCACCCGCCGGUCGUUCAGCUCUCGGACGACCCGUGGCCGCCGCCGGUGCGCUCGCCACUGCGCCUGCUGGACGGCUCGCUGCCCUGUGGCUGGGAGCUGCUGACGCUGCGUCAGCUGCCCGAGCUCGCCCGGUACGAGGUGCCCGGCGAGGGCGCGCAGCUGACUCUCCUGCGCCGCCAGCUCGACUGCCGACUGACGGACCAGCGAGACGGCCUCGGCUGUCCCUCUGCGCCGGCCGACUCCGCACAGGUCGACUUCCAUCCGCCGCUGCAGGUGCUGCAACUGCAGGAGACCACGCUGACUGGUGGCAGACUAGAUCCACCACCAGCCGAGUUACGACGACUGCGAGACGUGCGCCUGGCGCCGGACGAGGUGCGCAGCUUUCGUGUGAAAUUUGUGUCAGCCAAGCGAGCUACAACCACCAGCCACCGACCGGACUAUGCCGAACUGGCCCUGGUGAGACGCCUCAACAAGCUGGAGGACGACGAUGUGCUGUUGUGACAUUAUCGGAGCCAUCUCAAUGAAGACGGGGAUGGUGGGAGGCUGAAAUCCUAGGACGUGUGUGCGCCUGUUUAACUUUCAUUUGUGCGUGUGCGAGACUUGCGAACAGUGGUAAGUGUGCGGGUUUUUUUAGAAGGACCUUGUCUCAAGUUGUUGCUAUUUUUGUUGACGGUAAAUGACCUCGCACUUAGGUUGCCUUCUGUCGCAUAAUUCACGCAUCCGCUUGGAGUAGCAACUACACCCAUUGUGACACUGGGCCUUGUCAACCUCGUUACCAUGCCAGCAUGGGCCUUCUACUUCUACGGUUUUUAUAUGUAGGUCUUUUAUAACAGUGAACUCUGACCGACCAUUUACCCCACUUCGUAUGUGUAUGUAAUGUGCAUCGUUGUGCGAAAAUCCCAUUAACUUUAAAGUCAAUCUUUCUUAAAUGUCGUUCUCGCUCAUUUGCUCACCCCCUCACUAAGCAACUCACUCUUUAUGUCUGCGUCUUAUGUUUGUAGCCGUGCCUGUCUGUCUGUCUGUCUGUCUGUCUGUCUGUCUAUCUAUCUGGCUGUCUGUCUCUCUCUCCCCUCUCUCUCUCUCUCUCUCUCUCUCUCUCUCUCUCUCUCUCUCUCUCUCUCUCUCUCUCUCUCUCUCUCUCUCGCUCUAUCUUUCUCUCUCUAUCCGCCAGCUGCCUCGCGUGCUUACCAUGUUCAUCAUGUCACAUCGAGUGUUUCCAUCCGUUCUCACCUGCCACGGCUAUAAGACUUAGUCUUUUAGUCACCCGACUCUUGUGGAAGACUAACGGGCAUAGAGAACUGUUUUGAUGAUAUGGCAAAUGUUGAAUUCAUAGACCUCUCUGAGGUCUAUAAUUAUAUUAUGGUAUGGAGAGGUCUAUCGCAAAGGCUUUCCACUUUUCGUAUAUUCGUAUAUGUGGAUCAAAAACAAUGUUAUAGGGUGAUAUUUCCAUGACUACGAAUUGUUAUUAUGUGUGCCAGGUAUCGCACAUGCAUUGUCAAGCCGUAGAGUGAAAAUGAGGACAAGGUUAUUCGUUGUUAUAGUGAUCAAAGUAUCUAUUUAAAGCACCGGAAGUAUAACUGACAGCAUUUAAA